AUGACGGACACACCGCCGCCACCGGCAGGGCGCAAGCGCGCCGGACGCACGCCCGCUUCCGGCGGCGGCGCGGGGCAUCAUGGGGAGUGUAGUCCCGGGGGGAAGCGGGAUUUCCCAGUGUUAAUUAUCAUAUCCUCUCUUCUCUACUCCCCCAACUUCAGCUGGGAUGCUGCAUAUGAAAGAGAGCUGCAAACUUUUCAAGACAUUGGAGAUGCCGGGGAAAUCUGGUUUGGGGAAGAAAGCAUGGUGCGCAUAAUCACAUGGUUGGAAAAGCACAAGGUCCCCCUUGACAGCUCUGUGCUUGACAUUGGCACUGGGAAUGGUGUUUUACUGAUUGAAUUGGCAAAGUCUGGCUACAUGAAUCUCACAGGCAUUGAUUACUCACCUUCUGCAAUACAGCUUUCAGAAAAAAUAAGAGAGAAAGAAGGGAUGUCUAACAUUAAAUUAAAGGUAGAAGAUUUCCUGACCCCCUCAGCUGAGCUGUCAGGCUUUGACAUUUGUCUCGACAAGGGGACUUUUGAUGCCAUAAGCCUCGACCCUGCGGACGCAGCGGGGAAGAGGAAGCUCUACGUGGGAUCCCUGAGCAGGGUGUUGAAACCAGAGGGCUUUUUCCUCAUCACCUCUUGCAACUGGACCAAGGAGGAGCUGCUGAACGAGUUCAGAGAAGGAUUUGAAAUUCUGGACGAGCUGCCAACACCCAAGUUUUGCUUUGGAGGAAGAAUUGGAAACAGUGUUACAGCAUUGGUUUUCCAAAGGAAAAAAGUGAAGCCAUCCAUCUUGGACAAAUUAGAUUAGAUGAGACAAGUCUGAACUUUAAACCUGACAGAAAACCUCAGACACGUGUGUAAAUAAAUGCUUUUUGAGUGUACUGUAAAAUACUAUGUAUGGAGCUCUAAGGGACUAUAAAACAUUGCCCUAGAAACAUUUCACCUUUGCAUAAUUUGCCCAUAAAUUUUGUCCUUGCCACAACCUCACUGGUUUUAGAGAAGCUGCAAGUUUGUAUGAGAGAGGGAAAUCAGACAUACUAAAUACAAGGACCAACAUAAACUGAAUGAUAUUGGUGCUUGAAACAUAAGAUUAUCUGAUAUUUAAUUUCUGUGCUGGUACACAGUGACCAAUAGAGGUAAAGGUAUUCUACAAAGCAAAAAUCUCAUUUUUCUGUUGUGCAGUGGAAUGAGGAACAAGCUUUUGCAAUGUAAGCAUUGGAUCUUUAAUUUUUUUCCUUAGGUGAACAUGAAGGCAGCUGUUAAGGAGGGAAAUGAAUAUAAAAACCAGAACACUUUCAAUCAGAAGUUUUCCAGUGAAUUUCUCAGGGUGGAUUUUAGCUGCAAAAAAUCCAAACAAUUUCAAAGCAUAACUAACCAUUCUUUGUUGGUUUUUUUUUUUAAUUUUUUAAAAACUUCUGUGUGCAAUCCUUUUGCUCAAUUUUGUUGCCUUAAUUUCUUCUGUUUUGUAAUCUCAGAAUAUUGCUGUCUCUUGAAAGGCAGGAAAAUGAGAUUUCUUCAUGCCUUGACAAACACAUUUGCAGGUGACAAUAAACUUGUUCUUUCAAACAUCAAGGAGGCCCUCUUAGGCAAUCAGGUUUUGUUUCACAGGCAAGGUCAUGUUUGCUUAUCAGGGAAUUGCUUCUCCUGCUUUCCACGCUUCUCCUCAUUCCCAGGGCUCAGGAGAUCUUUAAGGGUCAAUAAAUACUUCCAGCCCUUUCCCAGGACAGGAAUCAAGGUGUUAUUUUGCACAGUGCUGAGUCCUCCCUCUGUGAUCUAUCUGUCAUUGUCCUCAAGGUAGGAAUCCUAAAGCUGCACCUUUUUGGGGUGGGAUCUAUUCCAUUGGGAGAAUGAUUUAUCAGCAGUGCUGACAUAAUUUAGUCCCAUAAUUUAGCCUUGUUAACAUUUGGGUAACUGUUGUAGUCCUGUGUUCUGCCUCUGCCCAGUACCCAGCUGGAAUGUUAAGAAAUGUAACUGGGAGUCCAGACUGGGGAGUUUUUUGAUGUAGUAGUACAAAGGAUUCAAAGUACACUACUGAUAACAGCCUCAGGAAAAAGCCUGUGACAUUUUUGGCAUCAGGUAGAGUUAAUAUGAGGAAAUUUUAAUUGUCAAGGACUCUGGCAGGAUGUGUUUCGGGUAUCUGUUUUAUUCCCAUCUGUAAUUUUUGCUAAUGAAGGCAUGAUGUGUAUUUAAUCAUGGAAUGAAAAUAAAAUCAGGGCUGUCAUGGAUUUUCUUUUAAUCAAUUAGUUGGAAUUCUACCAUAGAUUCCCACUCCAUAAGAUAGGUAAAGUUCAGAGCAAAUAUUGUUUUCUCCUUUUCACAGAAGUGAUUAUUAUUAGUUUUUAUUCUCUGGGUMAUAUUUUUAUAUUAUUUGUAAAGCUAAAAAUAAGCUUCUUAAAUUUGCUUGAGAUUGAGGAUUUCUGCAUCAGAUCUGUAGAUUGCAUAUUCCCUCAGUCCCAAGCACUUGCAGGUGUCACUGGAGAGCAGAAAAAUGCUUGUAAAACAUGUUUUAGGAGCUUUAUUUUAAGGCAACAGUAACCAAAGGCUUACUAUUUAAAAUCUGCUCUGCUGGAAACCCAGUAUUUUCUGGAUAAUGGAGUUUAGGUAGAUGUUCAAAUACUGRUUUAGGCAGUGGGGUUUUUUUGGCUAUGAGGAUUUGGAAUAGACAUGUGAAAGACUCUCCUUGUUUUGGGGCAGUUCAUCUUGCUGGAAAGUUUUGAUAGUGUGAUCUCUAAAUGUUCAUGUGUUUCAAUGAAAAAACUGUUAGAAAAAGAGGCAGAGGAAUAAGAAGUGAUUUAGGAGGAGGUUUGUGAGUGCUCCAUGGUGGUUCCUGAAGGCUGGAAUCCUUGUGACUACACAGCUGAGUGACUCUUGGUUUCAKCUGCAGCACCAGACAGCAGGAGAACAAAUGCAGCAUUUGAAACAUGUUUUACUCCUAUUGUUUUGCUAUCUGAAAACUCUGUCUGCGAUUUCACUGUCAAAUAUGAGGUUUGUGGGUAGUAAAACUAACAUCUGCCGUGGGUCCCAGAGGUGGCUGAGCCCACAGGCUGUUCCUGCGGGACCGAGUUUAGGCUGGGAGCUGGCAAACCUUCCUGGAGUGGUUUUGCAUAGACAGUGGGCAGAACAGAAAGGAUUUGUAUUCCCUGGUUCAUGGACAGCAUGCUGAAGGAUGGAAUUCUGUCAGGAAUGACCUUCUAUUUCAGGAAGAUUGAGGAUGGCUUUUAGUGCCUGUGCCCAAACAAAGCACCUCCACCAACAUUGUGCUUGGUGCAUCUCAGACAUCUGAUACCUGGCUGCUGAUGCCUCCUGUUGC